AUGGCAGUAUACGCAUUUAAUUCGCCAGAUGUGCAGGGAGUUAAUACACCUCUAUCUGGAUUGUCACAUUCGCCUUUAUCUGCCAGACACCAAUCACCAGUUACGAGUUAUGUUGUUCCAAGUACAUCUCCUGUUAAGGUUGUCUCAAGCCCUAACCUAUCAAAAAAUGGAGGACACGGGUUUUCACAACCAGUAGGCGUUUUACCGCAAAAUUCACAGGAUACUAGAGAAAUUUCAACAGUUUAUCUUCCUCCAAUAAGGUACAGAUAUGACAAUGCCACAGGUACUCUGGUACAAGUUAGCGGGCAAUCACCGAAUGCUAACUUUUCAGCCAGUUCCUCCGUUCAGUCACCUUCUGGUCAAUUCCCCCCUAACUUUAGCCCUCCGCUCACCUCAUUUUCACCAACAUUUGAAGGUAAUUUAUCGCAUUUCCUCAAUACUAAUCCUUUAAAUCAGAACAAUCAGCUUAAUUUUCAGAAUCAACAAAACCAGAUGAAUGGACAAAAAGGUGUUAAUUCAUUUUGGAAUCAACCCAUGGGUGGUCCAAAUAGAUUACAAACACCAACCAAUCAGGUAUACAAAUUCACGAACUUUUCACCCCAAAAUUUUAAUAAACCAGUUCAACCUCAGUUUAAUCAACCCAAUGGGACACACUUUAGCAAUUUUCAGCCUAAUGUAACCCAGUUUGACCCUGGAGUAUUUAAUAAUGCACAGUUUGGUGGAACUCAGUUUAAGCCUUUUUAUCAAAAUUCUCCUCAGUUUAACCAACAACCACCUGGACCCGUAUAUCAGCCUCCCAAUGGGUUUUAUGGGAACUUCAAUCAAUCAGUUCCAACAUUUGGAAGUGCCCAAAAUUCAGGGAAUACAAGGACAGUUGGUGGAGGGAACUUCCAUAGAUAUGGGAAUCACUUGUACAUGGACACCCCAAGAGCAAGAUACGAAGCAGCGGUCAAAGAUUACUAUAACAGAAUUAACAAUUACAACAACUAUCCAAAUUAUGGCGAUUAUAACCCUAACUUUGGAGGUUUUAAUCCCAAUUUCAAUGGGUUUAACCCUAAUUUUAACAAUCAAGGGUAUACCCCAAAUAACUUCAAUGGGCCUGAUACCAGUCCAGGAGGAUUUUCAAAGGCGUUUAGUAGGUUUGAGAACGUUGCAACGAAGUUUUUUUCAAACACAGACUCGUUAGUUUCUGACUUAAGAGAUGCAGCCUUCAAAAUAUUUAACCCCAACUCACCAGAUUACAUGAGGGCAGCAGUCUUCAAGCUCCAAAGGCUUGAGAAUGUACCUGUUAACCCAAAUUCAGUUUCAAAGCUGACCUUCAGCGUCGUGGCGUACUUUGACGUCGAUACUGAGAACUACAACAUACAUAAAUCAGAACAACAGUGGGCGUUGCCCACCGAGACUCAAGGGAUUGUAGACUGCGAUUUAAAAGGCGAAACUAUUAAAAUUCCUUGGAAGGGCGAGGAGUUUGUGUUUCUAAAAAUUCUAGAACAUGUAAGGAACAACAGAUUCGUGCUAGGACGAUUACAGCUGAAACUCGAUACGCUUGUUACUGGGCACCCCUUGAAGGUAACCAUAAUAGGCGAUGACGGGAAGAAUAAGGGAUCAGCAAUACUUGAAUUUGCAGUUGGGGCAGUAUCACUUGAUGAAUUUAACCAGAUGAACAUGCAGUCCAAUGGCGUAAACAGGGACUACACUCCAAGGUAUAUGACGAGCAGAAACACUGGCAGAAAUAACGGAGAAUACAUGGAUAAGAACGAGGAGUGGAGACAAACUAGACUUAGGAGCAAGAAUUCUAAAAGAGUAAGUUUAUAUAAAUAA